AUGCUUUUAUUUAAUAAUCACAUAUCACUGAAGUUUGUUGUGUUAAGUGUUGUAUUAUGUGUUUUCUUCUCACACCUCAUCCAACAAACCGACUGCCAGUUCAGUAUUGUCUACAGCAGUGGCAGAGCUCCUGGUGAUGGGCCCCGAAGAUUCCCAUUCCUCAGGGCGUUGUUCACGCAAAUGAUUACCGAUAGGAGUUCCAGUGAGUUCGCCAAACACGCCAAAGAUGACUACCAGACCAGCGAUUCACAGAAAUCCCGGUCCGAGACUAAAGCCAAUAAUCCAAACCUACAGUCAAUGGAGAAUAUAAUGCAUGACAUAAACACUCAAAACGCUGGCACCCUAUCCACCAAAACGCGGGGUUUCUUUCUCGUCAAUAUAUUGUCGCGAAUGCUUAAGUCAGUCAACUUCACUGAAUUAAGUUUGCAAAUGAGGGACGGGAUCUCUUCGCGGGCCUCGUGUCUGGCUUGCAAUGCCGUCGCCGGACUACUCCUCAGCUCCAUCUACUCCAAGGAGAUGAUGACCGUUGCGGUCAAUACGGACGAUCUCGAUUACAUCAGAACCCAUACGACACUGAGAAGGGGAGAGAUGUGUGGAGUGAUAUUCGGGAUGGACUGCGCCCGCAGGACAACCAAAAACCUCAACUGGACUAUCAGUUUGCCGGAGAAGCAGAAUAUGGCCGACAGGAGGGCUGAUGACAGCGAGUCAGACAUAGUGGAGGCGGACAGCGAGAAGUUGAAGGCCUACACCAAAGUGGUUCAGGUGACAGACCUUCACGUGGACCCGUAUUAUACGCCCGGAAUGAACGCCGAUUGCGGGGAACCCCUGUGCUGUCGGCCGGCCGACGGAGUGGCUACCAGUCCCGAGAAGGCGGCGGGCGUUUGGGGCGAUUACCGAAACUGUGACACUCCUAUCGCCACUUUGAGACACGCGUUGAAACACAUCUCAGAAACGCAUUCAAACGCCCUGUACUGGAUGUGGACGGGAGAUAUCGCGCCCCACGAUAUCUGGAAUGUCAGUCGACAUGAAGUGUUGUCUCAAAUAAGAUUAGUCACUAAUUUGAUGAAACAGUACACUCGAGUGCCUGUCUAUCCCGUAAUUGGCAAUCACGAAGGCGUUCCAGUCAACAGCUUCCCACCCCCUGAAGUGAAAGGAGAAAACUCUAUUUCAUGGCUCUAUAAUGCAGUGGCAGAUGAAUGGGAUUAUUGGCUGCCGAAGGAUGCCAUCAAAACACUCAGAUAUGGUGGCUAUUAUACAGUGAAACCUCGGUCUGGGUUUAGGAUAGUGUGUAUUAACACCAAUUACUGCGCGCGACUCAACCCAUGGAGUCUUUACAAUCCGGUGGAUCCGGCGAAUCAACUGCAAUGGCUCAGCGAAGAGCUGUUCAAAGCGGAGACCAGUGGCGACAAAGUGCACAUAAUAGGCCACAUCCCGCCCGAUAACCGCGAGUGCACUCAGGCCUGGCUCUACAACUUCCUCAGAAUCAUAGACCGCUUUCAGGACACCGUUUUGGCCCAAUAUUACGGCCACACACAUAGGGAUGAGUUUCGGCUCCUGUAUUCGCCACACUAUCCCGAAAUGCCCAUCAACUUGGCCUACAUCGGGCCCAGUAUUACGCCGUUCACGGAGAACAACCCGUCCUAUCGGCUGUAUUACAUGGACUCCGAGGCCUAUCUCGUCGAUCACGAGACCUAUUACUUCAAUCUGACGGAAGCGAACCGGUCUAAGAAGGGCCCCAAAUGGGUGUCUGAAUACCGCGCGAUGAAGACGUUUAACUUGAGUUCAAUGAGUCCGCACUCGUGGCACGAAUUGGUGCAUAAGUUGGAGACCGACGACCAUCUCUUCCAGAACUACUAUAAACUCUAUUACCGAAAGAGUGACGUCAAGAUCGCCCAACACUGCGACCAAAAGUGCAAAAAAUUCAUUUUAAGUGAUUUAACAGUUUUACAUCCGCUUAAGAAUAAACCCAAGGGUUUCUUCGGCAGACGGAAACUGAGGGAACACUAG